CCGACUUCACUGACAGCAGCGGAGCCACGAUGGCGUGUGCGGAGUGUUCCGCGUUCCUCCAGAAGAUGCUGUGGUUUUCUCUCCUGUCCUGGACUGUAUUCAGCUGUUUCUCCAGCGGAGUGGACGCCGCUCCGGAGGCCGGACACUGGACUUCGACUGUCAACAGUACAUCAAGACCCGUGAUAGUGAGAAAGUCCAUGUAUAAGGGCACUAAUAUCCAACUGAGAGUGGCUUCUUUUAGCUGUCCAGAGGAAGUCUCAUUUACCAUCAGGUGGUAUUUAAAGUGCUAUCCGUGCCACAAUGAGUACGUCAACGUAGAGGAAAUGUAUGAGAGGACAGCGCUGGGUCGGGGAGAGAGUUUAGACCCCAACCCUCUUGGAGAAGGAGAGUACAUCGAGCAUAAAUACAGGACAUUAACCUGCAACAGUGGGAUGCAGCUCUUUCCCACUUUCAACAAAACAAUAGCAGAGCCGAGGACUGUGGAGACAGCAAAGGAGGGAGAAACUCAUGAUGCCAACUACACAAGGUGGCUUACAGGAGAAACUGGAGUUGGGGAUCAUGUCAUUGCGACAGCGUGGAAAGAUGGACCCUAUCUCCUUGUGGUAGUGAUCCAACCUGAUAAAAAAGAUACCAGCUGGAAUUUAACAUUCUCUGUGGUGAUGAAAGGAGCUCAUGGAUUCAUUUCAGUCACAGAAUGGCCUCUUAUGAUUUUCUACAUGGUGAUGUGUAUCAUUUACAUCUUGUACGCUCUGAUGUGGUUCGUCUGGGCCUCCUGCUAUUGGAAAGACCUGCUACGCAUCCAGUUCUGGAUAGCUGGAGUGAUCUUCCUGGGCAUGGUGGAGAUGGCGGUCUUCUGCGCUGAGUACGAGAACACUAACGCCGUGGGCUCAGCAUCUCAAGGCUUGCUGGUGUUUGCUGAGCUCAUCUCGGCCCUCAAGAGGACUCUUGCUCGACUCUUGGUCAUCAUUGUCAGCCUGGGCUAUGGCAUAGUCAAGCCUCGUUUGGGAACCGUCAUGCACAGAGUCGUGGGGCUGGGUGUGCUUUACUUUGCCUUUGCUGCCAUUGAGGGCGUUCUAAGGAUUACUGGGGCUAAAGACUCUGACCUGGCCUUGCUGGCCAACAUUCUCCUGACACUGCUUGACUCCUGUCUGUGUUGGUGGAUAUUUGUGAGUCUAGCACAAACUAUAAAGACACUAAAGCUCAGGAGAAACCCAGUGAAGUUGUCGUUGUACAGACAUUUCACCAAUACCCUCAUCUUCGCUGUAAUUGCCUCUAUUAUUUUUAUGGUUUGGACGACCAAAAAAUUCUGGUUAGCAGGCUGUCAGGCUGACUGGAUGGAGCUCUGGGUCGAUGAUGCCUUCUGGAGGUUCCUUUUCUCGAUCAUACUGCUUGUCAUCAUGUUUCUCUGGAGACCAUCUGCAAAUAACCAAAGGUACGCAUUCACACCUUUGAUCGAUGACUCGGAUGAUGAAGAGAUUGAAGAGUUCCUGGUGUCUGCAAACAUUUCUGAUGGAAUAAAACUGAGAGCAUCUAAGACGGAGACUAACGGAACAGCAAAGCCCCCUUCUGGACCGGAUGAAGAUUUGAAGUGGGUGGAAGAGAACAUUCCUACCUCUUUAACUGAUGUUGCUCUGCCUGUUCUUCUCGACUCUGACGAGGAAAUCAUGACUACAAAAUACGAGAUGUCAAAAAUGGAGUGAAAGCACAAAUAACUGUCCUCCUCCUGAGAUCAAAGAUCUGCUGCUGUUCCCACCACUGGUCUUCACCAGCGAGAAAGAUGAUAAAGAACAGAGAAAAGAGGAGAGAGACUGAGGGGUCAGAGCCCACCGCAUGUCCAGAAAAGAACAGGAAUCAUGCUGAUGUCACAGGAGCUUCCUGCCUGACCUGGCAGUGCUUCCGUCUGUAUUACCGCCUUUUUUUUCUUUUUUUAAGCGAAUCUAUUCGCUGUCUGUCCCUCACGUUUGACAGACGUCACAUACCGUUCCAAUGGAUGUAAGCUGAUCUCUCUGACCAGAGCCAGUUAUUAAACGCGACACUUUUGCACUCUUGAUUGUUUGGGGUUCGUGUGUUGGGUAGCGCUUUACACGGACUACAUGUUCACAAAGCGUUGGCAGCAUAUUCAUUAACAGUACAGUAACACUCCAUUACAGUUACAUAAUCAUUUAGAUCAUCAUAAUCAUGAAUUUAAUAACAUAAUUUAAUGAAUGGAAAACAUACUGAGUGAAAUUGGUGUAUAGUUCAUGAUGAAGAUAACACUUUAUUUGGAUAGUCCACUUUAGAUGCUUUGUAGAUACUUCAUUUACUUUCAAGUUACAUUUAAUUAAAUAUCUACUAAAUUGACCAUAAUCUUCCUUAACUCUAAGCCUGGCUCUAAUCCUAACCUUAACCUCAACCUCAACCUCAGCCCAGCCCACACCCUGGUCCGAAUCCUGACCCUAACCCCACCACCGUUUAGAAUCAACUACAACUAGUUUGUGAACAAUUUGAACAUCUGUAGAUAAUCUUUAGGGGACUGUAGUGGACUUUCCAAAUAAAAUGAGACCCUGAAUUAAAGUCUGUUCAAAGAAUAAUCAGCCUGUAGACCUCUGUAGCCAUUCUGUAGUCAUUGUUAUUUUCAAAAGUCACCGUUUUCAUGCCCUGUGGUCCAGAAAAAAGGUUCUAAAUCUGAUACGUUUUAUUCCGUUUACAGUUUUUCCACUGAAUGUCAGUGGAUGCUCUGAUUGAUGAGCAAGUAUAAACUUGCUACAUCCAUGCUGCCCUUCUUGCGCACUGAAAGUAAGGCCCGAUCCCAUUUCUUCAUUUUACCCCUACCCCUUUUUUUGAGUGUCGCCCUAGUAGUAGCAUCAGUAGUAGGCCUGGUAGUGGUUGAAAUCUUGCCCUGCGAAAUGGGACCCUAAAAAAUAAA